CUUGAAUACUUGAAGAAAUACCCAUCUGUAUCUCCAUCGUUCUCUUCGUCUCCUCCAUCUGCAUGUUGCAAAUCAUCAACCCCAUCCCUGUGCCCAUCCCAUCCCCACCGGACAGUGGAGUGGACACCCAGCAACCCCUCGUAUCUGCCCUUCCGCCCAUUCUAGGCCCCCAUCACCAGCCACAACCUCCCGCUCCAGCUCCAUCCAGCCUGUUCCAGUCCAUCAUCAACCUCUUGUACGGAGUACUCCCUCACACCUAAUCAAGCACUCUACCUAAUUCCUUUUCCCCCUUGAUGAGUUGACUGUCAGGCAUCGCUUACUCCGGAGCACAGAGUUUUACAAUGUCUAAUUCAAAAGAUCAACUCAUGGUAUUCAAUCGUCGUGGAGUACUACUCAUCUAGGUCUUUAUCUAUCGCCCAUCAGGUACCUAGGUAGACAAUGGUGAUAACAUACCAGGUAUCUAAGCAAGCACUGGAGGCACCUAGGUACUUGGGUAGGUACGUAUGGAGCAUCUUGUACCUGCACCUAUACCUUUGGACAAGAUAACAAGCCUCCUUCUCUUUCCCCUCUCUUGCCUUGCUGCGAGGGACAACCCAUCUCUUGUCUACUGAAUAUCUUCAUAGAGAAAUACAUCAUCUCUCAUUGAUACUAUGAGGAUGACGAUGGAAUACGU